UCCUACCUCACUUCCGUUCGUCUUCACUCUUCAUUCUGCGCAUGUGAUUACUUCGUUUCCCGACAGCGUUUAGCUGGCUUAGCCAAAGAUUGCACCCACUACGCUUGCGCAAUAUUAGCCCCGCCCCCUCUACCGCCGUCCCCGGAAACGCUUCCUCUUACGCGGCACCUACCGCCGCCGCAGUCACUGGAGUUUUGACUCUCUAGGCCUCUACGGCCUCUCCUCCAUGGUCCUGUCUGUCAAUACAAUUCCGGGGCCCUGUGGGGAAGUCCAGGCCGUGCUCCGACUUUUUGAUCCUCGAGCUCGUCACUGGUGCCGGGGCGUUCCGGGGCACAUGGCGCGGCGGUGCUGACGGAGGCCCAGGCGGCGGCUGGGCCCCGCGGGCCGGCAUGGCGGGCCAGUUCCGCAGCUACGUGUGGGAUCCGUUGCUGAUCGUGUCUCAGAUCGUCCUCAUGCAGACCGUCUAUUAUGGCUCGCUGGGCUUGUGGCUGGCGCUGGUGGACGGGCUGGUGCGCAGCAGCCCUUCACUGGACCAGAUGUUCGACGCUGAGAUCCUGGGCUUCUCCACCCCUCCAGGUCGGCUCUCCAUGAUGUCCUUCAUCCUCAAUGCUCUCACCUGUGCCCUGGGCUUGCUGUACUUCAUCCGGCGAGGGAAACAGUGUCUGGAUUUCACUGUCACUGUUCAUUUCUUUCACCUCCUGGGCUGCUGGUUCUACAGCUCCCGUUUCCCCUCGGCGCUAACCUGGUGGCUGGUUCAAGCCGUGUGCAUUGCACUCAUGGCUGUCAUCGGGGAGUACCUGUGCAUGCGGAUGGAGCUCAAGGAGAUCCCCCUCAACUCAGCCCCUAAAUCCAGUGUCUAGAAUUUGGCCCUUUGGACACCCUGCUGUGUGCUCAGACCCUCCAGAUGAGGUCCAGCCCAGGUCUGAGAGAAACCCUGGAAAUGUGAAGUCUGUUGGUAUGGGAGAGGCAGUGAGGUCCCACCAAGAAGGCAGUUUGCAGUCAGGAUCACAGAUGCAAGAAUGGCCUCUGUCUGCUGAAGCCCUUGGUGUCUGGGAGGCCAGGAAUGGGGCCUCUGAAGUAACAGCAGAAUUGGAACUCCGUCAUUCUUGAGCCACCGUACCUGCCCAAGGAUCUCUGAUUGGAACAAAUCACUCUUCUAGUCAUCUGUCUUACCUCCCUGGGACACCUAUUACCUUCACCAUGUGACUGAACCACAGCUAUUCUGUUUGGAAAAAUACUUGGUUUCUGGAUCCAUAGCCACAAAGUGAUGUAGGUACAAAGUAAUAGGCUGCUGUCAGGGAGAGGUUGGCAGAUGAAUGCAUCAAGCACAAGGAAAAUGCACAACCUGUGUCCUACCACAUGCCUGUGUGCGCAUACCCAUGAACCCAGGACUGGUUUUCUUCCAGUUCCCUCAACUCCCCACCCUACUGGCAUCUCAACCUAGCAGGCCAUAGGCCCCCAAGACGAAUCCCAGCAUUCCUGCCAGUUUAACCCUCGUAAAAGUGUCACUGCCUGUUCCCUGGGAUUGACCAGGCACCCCAGCUCCCAGUGGACCCCAGUUCUGGCAUCAAUUUCUUUUUCAUAUUUGGAGAUCUACAGUGGGAAUGGAUGAUGGCAACCCAAAGACAAGAAGCCUCACCUUUCAGCCUGGGCUGUGCUUAUGUGCAGAGGGACAAAGGAAUUUGCCACUAAUUUUCCUUUGGGGUGGAGUUUACUCUGUGAAGGGCUUGCAGCUGUCCUUCCUAUGUACAUAAAUACAGUAUUUUCCAUGGUU